CCUGCGCGCACAGGGGCGUGGCUGUGCCGAGGUCCGGGAGCUGGUCCCGCCCCGCGCCGCCCCUUAGCGGGCUCCUCCGCGCCUGGACGCCGCGCUCCGCCCCGGCCGCGCUCUUCUGCUCCACUCGGCGCCGAGCAGUUGCCCUCCGACCGCCCCUGUGGAGCCCAGCAUGGGUGGGGGGCUGAUGGAAAGGUAUGUAGCUGCCAUGGUGCUGAGUGCUGCUGGAGAUGCUUUGGGGUUCUUCAACAGGAAGUGGGAGUUCCUGCAGAAUGGGGAGAAGAUACACCAGCAGCUGGCUGCUCUGGGAGGCUUGGACGCCAUAGAUGUGGAGCAGUGGCGAGUCAGCGAUGACACGGUGAUGCACCUGGCCACAGCGGAGGCCCUCCUGCAAGCCGGGAAAGCCCCCAGCUUGGCUCGGCUGUACUCGCUUCUAGCUAAGCAUUACCAAGACUGCAUGGAAGACAUGACUGGCCGGGCACCAGGUCAGACCUCAGUGUACAACAGCAUGAGGCUGGAGCCGGACCGGGCCGAUGGCUGGAGGAUUCCCUUUAACAGCCACGAAGGUGGCUGCGGGGCUGCCAUGCGGGCCAUGUGCAUCGGUCUCAGGUUUCCUCACCUUGGCCAGCUGGACACACUGAUCCAAGUGAGCAUCGAGAGUGGCCGGAUGACCCACCACCACCCAACAGGUUACCUGGGAGCUCUUGUGUCUGCUCUUUUUACAGCCUAUGCUGUGAACGGCAGACCACCCUGGGAAUGGGGAAAAGGACUGAUGGAGGUGCUCCCAGCAGCUAAAGAGUACAUUGUCCAAUCAGGCUACUUUGUGGAGGAGAACCUUCAACACUGGUCCUACUUCCAAGAUCAGUGGGAAAAGUACCUGAAACUUAGAGGGAUUUUGGAUGGCACGUCAGCACCUGUCUUCCCGCAGCCCUUCGAUGUGAAGGAGAGGGAUCAGUUCUACACCUCCCUGAGCUACUCUGGCUGGGGCGGCAGCAGUGGACACGACGCCCCCAUGAUCGCCUAUGAUGCCGUCCUUGCUGCAGGGGACUCGUGGAAGGAGCUUGCCCACCGUGCCUUUUUCCACGGUGGGGACAGUGACUCCACAGCAGCCAUUGCUGGCUGCUGGUGGGGGGUUAUGCAUGGUUUUAAAGGAGUGAGUCCUUCUAACUAUGAGAAACUAGAAUACAGACAGCGGCUGGAAAAGACUGCGAGGGCUUUGUAUUCUCUUGGGUCAAAUGAAGACGCUGUCAUCAGCCUUUAGGGAGAUGAGAGGUUCGUUUCUCUGGGUUUCUUCUUCCACGUAGUCCCUUUUCUGCUCAGUUUCUUUUCACUUUUUUCUAAAGUCAAGAGUCUUCACCAUGUUUGGAGGGAGUUUUGGAAUAAAAAGUCCCCCAGGCACGUUGGGCUCGGCUUUGCCACUCUCAUCCUCUUCUUGAGCUGAUCUCUCUUAGAGUGAAGUCCUUUACCUUUGUGGGUGGGGCCAGCGUCUCCCAAGCUGGAUCUCAGAGCCUCUUAUGUGAUAGUUCUGAAAGGUUUUUUUCCCCCCUGAUUUACUUUAGUUGGGUCUCACGCUCCCACCCCCAGUGGACUCUGAGACAGGGACCUGAGUGCAAAGCAUUCAUUUGAGAGGCGAUUCCAGGAAGCACCAGAAGAGAAGAGGGAAGUGAACCCUGGAGGGAAGGGAACAAUACAGUUUUCCACUGGAGCAGCUGGGACUCGGUACCGCUGUGUCCCCGUGCCUCAUAUUUGUCCCACCUACUGGCAAGUGACCUGAAGUGUUUACCUGCUGGCUUCCAUCUUACAUUGGUUGAAGACCAUUCCUAAGGGUGCUAACUCCCUGGCUCUUGGCUUGCCUCUUGUGAAAACCAGACAUGAAUGUCUUCAGAUAAAGACUCAGAGAUGCUCGCAAGGACAAGCUGUGAGAUAGCUGGGCACAGUGAGGGAUACAUGUAGCAUCUGCGAGGCUGUUCUACCUCUUACCAUACUUUAAAUCUAUCACCUCUUGGCUGCACUGAAUAUUUUUCAUCUGGGCUCCUGUAAUCCAGGCUAUUCAAGCCUAGGCGGAUGCUGUUGCUGGCUUCUCUUAGGACUUUUGCUUAUCAUGGCCUCUAACGUGUUACCAGCUUUGUUACUGUGUUUGCUCGUCUUACACUCCAGGCAGAAUCUAGCAGGGAGCCCGAGCACACAGUGGACUCUUAAUCACUCUGUACUAAGUGAAUGUUGCUAACCAAAGCCCUGUGUAGUGCCUUCCUCAGAGCUGUCUUCACAGAUAACAAAUUGUCAUGUUCCAGUGAGUAUUCCCGCCCCCUCUUCAUCUUGAUGCUCUUCUCUCUCUUUUCCCACCUGGGAAAUUCUUACUUAUCCUUCAAGACCCAAUUCAGACAAAACUUGCAGCAUGAACCUGCUUGGAUUGUCCAGGCUCUUGGCCACCUUCUCUUCAGUGGCCCCCAGCCUUCUGUCCCAGCCCUGUCACCACACCUAUCCUGCUGUACGCCCAUCCUGUGUCUUCAGGGUCAGUCUCAGGUGCACACUGCCCUGCAGACAGUGAAUUUGGGAACAAGAGACUAUCUUCACCUUCAUGUGCUCAUCCUCCAUCAGCCAGGACUGCCUUCCUCUGGCUUGUUGUUGGGGUAGAGAUAAAGCCAAGCACUCCUUGCUGUCCCGCUUCAACAUAGUCACAGAACUACAACUCCCAUGAUUCCCCAUUAGGGCCUGGUGUUCAGCUGGGGUGAGAGGAGGUCUGAUAGCAGCACUCCAGUGAUCUAGUCCUGUGGGGAUUGUUUUCCUGGGUCUCUGUGAGAUGUAGUGCAGGAGGCAUAGCGGGUUAGGUCUUGGGGGAAGGGGUGUCUUAGUAUCUGUUUUCUAGUGUAGCCCUCUAGCCACAGUGGGAAACAACAGGAAAAGACUCUUUACAGAUUGGAUUAGAUUUGCUUCCUGAUUUUCACUGUUCAUCACAGGAACAUUUUAAAAAGUUUCAACGUUCAGACUUCUUUGCUCAAACCUCAAAACCUCCUCUUCAGAGAGGUUAAUGGGUAGACAUGAUAAAAAUGUGUGCACUGAACCCCACCAAAAUGUGAAGCUAGCGGGGAGGACAAGCCAAGGGGGUACUGGGUGGCUGAAAACGAUCACAGUAUGUUAUGUACAUGUAUGAACCUGCCAGAGUGAAACCUAUUAACCUGUAUAUCCAGUGUGUACUAAUAAAAAAUGUGAGAAAAAUCCUUUUUCCAAAACUUCACCCUCACAUGUUGACCUUGCCCCCUGGUUAUUAGAAAAAAUAGAAGAAUUGAAGAGAAUGAUUACUUCCUCCACCAUCAUCACUUCUGUGCAUGUGCUAGAAGGUGGUGUGUGUGUGAGAGAGAGAUAGAGGAUGAGAAUGAACAAUGAAAGAGAUAAAUUUAUCUAUGUACAUAAUGUUAGAGUAAAUUAAUACAAGUUGCCUCAUAAA